UAUAGGUUAAUUUCCCAAAAAUUCUAUAAACAAAAACAUUAAAAUAAAUUAAAAUUUUACAUUUUUAAACAAAAUUCCGAAAUGCCUUGGGUGAAAAAUUUGUGCCGGCUAUGCGGCCAAAUUGGCGAUGUCUGUUUUAACAUUUUGGGAUCAGAAUCAUCGUACAAUUUACAACAAAAGAUUAAGAAAUGUUUGAACAUUGAGAUAAACAAGGAUGAUUUCAAACCCAAAGAAAUUUGCAGCUUGUGCUGUACUAAGCUAAAUGAGAUUUCAAAUUUUUUGGACUUGGUUUACGCUACAAACAUGAAAUUUGAUGCGAUUUACUACACGGAGCCCUGGCAUCAAAGUUUGAACGAUAGAUUACUUUGUGACAAUAACGCAGCACAAAACUUCAUCCAGAAACAGCAAAGUGUAAUAGUCAGUAAUAGUAACAAGCAAGGUUUUGAAAAUUUUCAAAGUUACAGUAGUACUGCUGAAAAUUCUUCUAUAAUGAUUUUACAACACUAUUCCACUAAUAAUUUGAUGAAUUAUGGCACAAAUAUUAACGGAAACAUGCCCAAUUAUAAUGAUUUUGCAAGUUUUUCUAUAAAAUCUGAAAAUAAUGCAGUAACAAAGAAAAAACAAUCUCAAGUAUCUGAUGGAACAUCUAACCAGUUUUUGGAAGGUAUUCAGUCCCAACAAAAGAAUAUAUUAUCAAUAGAUGAUAUUAAAAAGAGCCUGAAACCACAGAGUGUGGCUAAAAAUAAUUUAAAACCUUCUAAACUGUACCCUUGUCCGCAUUGUGAGAAAACUUUCAUGAGGAGAAGCAACUUGAAUGCCCACAUAGCUUACCACACUAAAAUCAGGCCCUAUGCUUGUUCAAUAUGCUCGAAAACCUUUGCAGUUAAGUGCCAUUUAACCCAGCACCACAAAAUCCAUUCCAACAAGUUCCAGUGUCACGUUUGUCACAAGAAUUUCGAUGUUCCCAGCAAACUAUCAAGACAUAUUCGAAUUCAUACCAACGAAAAACCGUUUGUUUGUACUUUUCCACAGUGCAGCAAGUCCUUCGCCGAUAAUAACAAUUUAAAGUAUCACUCGUUGACUCAUUUGAACGAUAAACAGUUCUCUUGCGAUAUUUGUAUGAAAAUGUUCAAGAGCAGAAAAAAUCUGAGGACGCAUUUAAGAACUCACGUGGACGAUAGUAGGUUUCAUUGUAAGUUGUGUCAAAAAGGGUUUAAGUAUAAGCAUAACUUGAAAAAUCACUUGAUUAAGCACGGUGUAAAUAUCCAAAAUAAUAUGUCAUAGUGUAUAGUUUUGAAAAAAUAAAAAAAACAGGCGUCAUAGUUGCUUUUGAAGUGGAAAUGUAUGUUCACUUCUGACAAUGUCACCCCUGUAUAUAGUUUGGCCCCUGUUUUCACAUAGGAAUUUCUCAAAAUAUAAAAGCAAAGUUUCUACACAACAGUACAGAAUAGAUAUUUUGAGUAUAUGGGAACAUUUUCCAUUUCAAAGGUUAUUGUGGCGCGAUUUUUUUUUCACUUGAUAAGGCAAGGUGUAGAUAUUCAAAAAAAUAAAAAUGAUUUUGAAGAACUACUAAUGUGAUCGAAAAAAAAAACGGUGUCAUAGUGGCUUGCGAAAUGAGAAUGGAUGAUAACUUCUCUCAAUGAGACUCCUGUAUAUACACCCCUAUUAAAUAAUGACAUAAAAAGAUCUCAAAAUAAAAAAGCAAGAAGUUUCCAGCAUACAUUUUUGACUGUCAGGGAACUUUUUUCCAUUUCAAAGACUACCGUGACAAGUUUUUCGAUCGUAUUAUUUUAUUUAAGACACUUGAUAAAGCAUGGGGUUGUAAGAAGAUAUUCAAAAUAAUAUAUAAUUUAUUUUUAAGAAAAAAAGGCGUCUUAAAAUGAAAAUAGAUGAUGAACUUCUAUCAAACUGAGUUCUAAUAUAUUGUUUGUUAAAUAAGAAUUUCUAAAAAAAGUUUCUGUGGUCGAAAAAACGGCGUCAUAGUAGCUUUUAAAAUUAAAAUGUAUAACUUCUGUCAAUGUAGCCCCUGUAUAUUGUUUAUUAAUAUAUUGACAUAAUGAAUUUUACAAAAUAAAAAAGCAAGAAGAUCCUAGAGUCGUUUUUUAAAUGUCUGGGAACUGUUUCCAUUUCAAAGGCUACCGUGACUCAUUUUUUUUUCGGUCGUAUUUUACGAUUAAUAGAUAAAAGAUACUUGAUAAAGCAUGGGGUAGAUGUGUGAUGUGUACAAUGUGAUCGAAAAAAAACGGCGUCAUAGUAGCUCUAAAAUGAGAAUUGAUGAUCAUUUCAAACUGAUCCGUAUUUCUAAAAAAAUAAGAAGUUUCUGCGAUCGAAAAAAACCGGCGUCAUAGUGGCUUUUAAAAUGAGAAUGUAUGAUAAAUUCUGUCAAUGUAACACCUGUAUAUUGUUUAUUAUAUAUUGACAUAAUGAAUUUUACAAAAUAAAAAAGCAAGAAGAUCCCAGAGUCGUUUUUUAAAUGUCUGGGAACUUGUUUCCAUUUCAAAGGCUACCGUGACUCAUUUUUUUUCGGUCGUAUUUUACUAUUAAUAGAUAAAAGACACUUGAUAAAGCAUGGGGUAGAUGUGGUGAUGUGUAGAAUGGGAUCGAAAAAAAAACGGCGUCGUAGUAGCUCUAAAAUGAGAAUUGAUGAUAAUUUCAAACUGAUCCGUAUUUCUAAAAAAA